ACCUACCUGCCUGCCGAAAUCGACUCGAAUAAAUUAACGAUCAGACAACUUACUAAUAGAUGAGUCGGGUGGUUGUCGGCUACAAUGCAUUCAAAAAAAAAAAGAGAAGCUGUCAAGGCUCGAGGUCCGCUUUGGCUACGUAUCUCGACUGAGGCUUGUAAAACGGUCUAGAUUAGGUAGUAAUGCGAGCUGACUGGCACGGCUUCGUAUCUACCUAGGCUUCAUACUCGUCCUGUGAGAAACCCCGCCUCAUCUCCCUUCGCUUCCUCCACCGUGUCAUACCUGCCGAUGUCAAACCAUUCACCUCCAAUGAUUGUGUCAUACAGCGCCCACAACCGAACUCGGACACUUUGACAGAAAGAGAAGAAGCCACACUCAGGCCAAUAUGACCAACACAGUCGCCCCCAUCCCCCGCCUGAUCUACGGCACAGCCUGGAAAAAAUCCCAGACGGCGCCCCUCGUCGCCUCCGCCCUGUCCGCCGGCUUCCGUGCCCUCGACACCGCCGCCUCCCACCAUUACUCCGAAGAGGGUGUCGGCGCCGGCCUCCGCGCCUGGCUCGCCCGCAAUCCGGCCCAUGGCGUUCCCCGCUCGGGGCUUUACAUCCAGACAAAGUUCUCCCCUUCGCCCUCGACGCUUCCAAUCCCGGACCAGGUUCACCGCUGCGUCGCCGCGUCCUUCAAGAACCUCGCCGUGCCCGGGGACCAGUUCGCCACGGAGGACACCGACGCUGCUGCUGCCGCCGACGACGAUGACGGCAAUUUCUACCUCGAUUGCGUCCUCCUCCACGCCCCCUACCCCUCAUACGCCGACACCCUCCUCGCCUGGCGCGCCCUGGAAUCCUACGUCCCCUCGCGCAUCCGCACCCUCGGCAUCUCCAACGUCGACCUCGACGAGCUGCGCGCCCUCUGCGCCGACGCCGCUGUCAAGCCCGUCGUCGUCCAGAACCGCCUGAACCCCAAGGAGGCCUACAACACCCCCGUCCGCGUCUUCUGCCGCGACGCCGGCAUCAACUUUCAGUCCUUCUGGACCCUGACGGCAAACCCGCAGCUCGUCAAAGGCCACGUCGUCGCCAGGGUCGCCGCCGGCGCCGGCGUCAGCAACGAGGUUGCCAUGUACGGGCUCGUGCUGGGACUGAGGGGGGUCAGUGUGUUGAAUGGGACGACGAACGAGGCGCGCAUGAAGGAGGAUCUCGAAGGCGUGGAAAAGGUGGCCGCCUGGUCCGAAGGCGACGGGGCAGAGGUUUGGAAGGAGAGCUUGGCGGCCUUCAAGUCAGUCCUCGGCGAUCCGGAGGGAGUCUAGGCU